UAAAAUCAAAGGCCCACAAUCUCAGACUCUCCGACAUCGAACUCAAUCAUCCAUGGCUACCUCAUGGUCCUCAUCCCCUUCUCUAUGUAACUUCCUCUCUUUCCUAUUCCCCUCAAAAUACCCACCCCCACCACCCCAGCUCACUCGUUUUCGGACUCAGAAACCCGGGGAAGGGCCGGUCCCACUUGUGUCCCAAGAGGGCCCACUUUCUUCUUCUUCUUCUUCUUCGGCCUCUGUGAUAUGUCCCACUGUGGCCCAUGCCAAUACCCUCUACUUUAAAUCUGCGUACAAUGUGCAGGUGAUAGUGGAUGACAACGAGCCAGAGGAGAGGCUACUUAAUCGGUUUCGCAGGGAGGUCAUGAGGGCCGGUGUUAUUCAAGAAUGUAAGCGCAGGAGGUUCUUCGAAAACAAGCAGGACGAGAAGAAGCGCAGGACACGUGAGGCCGCUAAACGCAACAAAAGGAGGCGCCCCCAAUUGAGAGCUCCACCGCAGGACAAGCAGGCCGAAGCCAAGACAAAGAAGAAGGAAGAUGAUGAUGAAGAUAACUGGGAUCUUCCUGAAGAAGGAGACAUUCCCUAAUUAACUGCAGCAUUCAACUUGCCUUCAAUUUAUAGAAACUUUCAGUACCUUUCGAGUUCGAGAGGCUUUUGAUCCAUGCAUGUACGUGGCAUUGAGGAAAUCCUGUUCUUUGAUUGACAUGCAUGGUGCAUGUAUCCCUCGUAUUGUUAUUUAUACAUAAAAGUAACGUAUGGUUUUUCAGAUGUAUAUAUAAGAAGGUUAUCAAUGUCCGAAAUAUAUAGUAGGUUUUAUAGUA